AUGGUACUGUGUGUUGGCCCCCUUCCUGAUACUCGGAAAGGAACCAUCCUGGCCGCUGAAAUAAUCCUCAGUUUCAUCAUCCUUAUCUGUUAUGCCGCAUCUAUGUAUGGAGGGUAUUCAGCGGUGGCCAUCUGCGAGAUGGUCUUUGCCAUCAUCUUCUUCGUUGUCUUCAUGAUGGAGCUGGACAAACAGUUCCUGGUGGUGAACUGGCUCUGGAGCGAUCUCAUCCGGGCUGUAAUCGGUGCAGCGCUUUAUCUCAUAACCUCUCUGAUCUGUGUGAUCAGCGGGGCUGGAGACGGGGCUCGCAUCGCUGGUGGGGUGUUUGGUCUGCUGGCUGGGAUCUUGUUUGCUUAUGAUUCCUACACGAUUUUCUUGGACAUCAAGAGCAGCAGACAGCAUACAGAUGCUCCCACAGAUGACACAGUUUGAAACUACUUUCCUCACUACACCAUUAACAGCAACCAAAACAUGGAGAACAAGUCUAAAAAUGGCAAAAGGAGUGAAUUCCUGAGAGUUACCGUGAGAGAUGCAGACCAGAGGAAUGCAAAAGGGACGAAACAUUACACAACAAAAGAGGUUAUGUACAAAAGGGAUGGAAAAUGAAGGAACAGAAAGCUGUCGGCAUUCAAAGAUUCAUUCCGUCAUCUUGGUCAGGCGGCUGUCAUUACCACAAAUGUUUUGUUGGCUUGGUCAGUUACA